AUGCAUUACGAAUUUGCUUUUUACCAGGUACGUCCUUCCAGCACGCCGUCUGUGUCAGAGCCCCAUGAGAUUGCUAGCUAUAGCCUUUCGGAAGAUCACACCUUUCAUCUAGACGAACGCCAACUCAAGUAUUAUUAUCCUCCAUUGCCUUACAGCGAUCUAAAUAGUGGGUAUCCUGACAAAUACCAUCCGCCGAAAGCAGGCGCAUAUCCCAUUUCCACAGCCAAAGAUAUUUUGGAAAAGAAACAUAUUAAUGCAAAAGCAGAGCUGUUUACCUGGAGGGGUCUCAUCACCAAAAUCAUGUGUGCACCGUUGUACCCAAAAAGCCAGUGGGAAUUGAAGCUGCGGAUGGAACCUGAUAGUGGUACAAUUUUCAUGGAAGAAGGAGAAUCCUCGGAAAAACCUUAUGAAAAUCAAGACAGAAUGUGCUAUUGGGGCUAUAAAUUCGAGGUCAUUUCUACAUUACCCACUAUAUGGGAUGCGUGUUCUCGAUCCGUCAUCGAGGGCAGAGACAACCAGCCUGUGAUCCCAGAUGAACAGUACUGUUCCAUUGUAAAAUACCAUAUAGGACGUACUCGAUUAAUUCUUGCGGGGGAAGUCGAUUGCGUCUGGGACGCAAAGCCAGGUGUAACGCCAGAUUCCGAUUUGGAUGGAAAAGUAGAUAGUCAUGUGGAGCAGUCUGAAGCACUUAGCCCAAGAGAAGAAUCCCUUCCGGAUCCCAAACGAAGGAAACUGGAGGAGACGCAUGAUUCUUCUGAUCCGUCUCCAACACUCGAAAACCCCUCGCCCCACUAUUGCGAAUUAAAGACUUCGAAAAAGCAACCGCUUGACCAUGUUGGAAUGCGUAGGAAGCUUCUCAAGUUUUGGGCUCAAAGCUACCUUUUGGGAAUUGGAAGAAUUGUCAUCGGGUUUCGAAAUGACGAUGGAAUCCUUACGGAAAUUAAAGAGCUACCCACUCGCCAAAUUCCAAAUCUUCUUCGUCCAUACGCAAAACCACAAGACUGGACUGCAAACCGCCUUUUGGUAGUUUUAGAGCAAGAACUUGACUGGCUAAAAAAGUGUGUUCAAAAGCAUCCUCCAAACACCAAGUUUACUUUACAGUACUCGGGAAAUGGCAAACUGGUUUUGCGUGUCCAUCCACAUAAUUAA